GUGUAAGAGCGAGACCACAAGCAAAUCAUUAUUAAUAAGCAGCCACAAGCACGGCAUAACAAUAAAUGCUUUGUUUUUCAAACUCAGCUACGAGCGUAGUAAAGUUGGGAUUGUACGAGCGAGUAGGAGGAUUGUUGCGUCACCAGCCGCAAAAAUCAACACCCAUCUCCCUCACAAACUGCAGGAACAGCGGGCAGAGAGAUCAGCUGACUACGACCGACGACGGCGACAGCGGUGCUACCACGGCAAAAUUCCAACAUUAACAUUAGUAACAACAGCAGCAGCUUAGCAGAUGUAACAUGGCUUCAACUUCGGCCGGCACACUGGAAGGCACAUUGAGCAAAUGGACGAAUGUUAUGAAGGGAUGGCAAUAUCGCUUCUUUGUCUUGGACGAGAAUGCGGGCCUGUUAUCCUACUAUACGUCCAAAGAGAAAAUGAUGAAAGGUGUGCGACGUGGUUGCGUACGUCUAAAGGAUGCGCUCAUUGGCAUUGAUGAUCAGGAAGAUAAUACCUUUACCAUAACUGUAGAUCACAAGACCUUUCACUUUCAGGCGCGGCACACCGAUGAGCGUGAGCAGUGGGUGCGACGUCUGGAGGACACAAUACGACGACACGCGAAUCGUUCACGGCUGUGGGACAGUCAGAGUUCUUUCUACAUUGCUGGUGGCUACACGAAGGAGUCGAGUGGCAAACGGGCCAAUCACUUGGAGCUCGUUGCACGUCGUGUCUCCGAGGCGGAUGCCUAUCUGCAGCUGAUGAUUGAGCAGACCAAUGCACUGGACAGACGAAUCUCUGAGCUGAGCGACACCGCGGAGCAGCUCAAGUGUAAAGCGCUGCAGGACAACGCUAGUGCCAUGUUGGAUCAUAUCAAGCACUCGAUUGUUAGUCUACAAAUUGCCAAAAAUAUGGCGCAUCCCAUCAAUGGCAUUUACAAUGGCCCCACAACAACAGCAACAACAACAUCAAUGGCAUCGACAUUGGCAUCUGGCGAUACGGGCAGCAGCGGAAGCAGCGGAAAGGCCACCGAGGCCAUCUCGUCACUCAAACACCAACUGGCUGGCGACUUGGAUGAGGAUGAUUCAGCAACAGAAAAUGCCACUACAGCACCCUUGGGCUUGGUCGUACCAGAAACCUCUUAUUCAAGCAGCGAAGGUGAAGAAGACUUCUAUGAUGCCUACGAUGAUCCGUUUACAAGUCUGGGCAGCUCACCAAUUGCCUGUGCCACGCGCGGCUUUGUGGAAACAUCGCCCACGCAUGAGAAGACGGAUAACUAUGCUGGUGGCGUCGAUUCAACCGCAGCCGGAGUCGGAGCAACAACAGCAACCACUACAUCAACAGUAGCAGCAGUAACAACACCAGCAACAACAACACAGACGCAGACACAGAUACACACACAGUUACAGCCAAGGCUGCCCGAAAUCGAUGAGACAGCGUCGAAUAAAGAGCCGAGUUCACGCUCGUCCAGCUAUGACAAUGGCAUCGAUUACGAUGCCCUGUACGAGGAGGAGGAGGUGAUGGACCUGAGCAUGGAGGCGCAUGGAUCGAUGAUAACGCAUCUAUUGUCGCAGGUGAAGAUUGGCAUGGACCUCACCAAGGUGGUUCUGCCCACAUUCAUCCUGGAACGUCGCUCACUGCUCGAAAUGUACGCUGAUUACUUUGCGCAUCCCGAUUUGUUUCUCAAAAUCUCAGAGCUGGACGAUCCGCGGGAUCGCAUUGUGCAAGUUUGUCGUUGGUAUCUGAGUGCUUAUCAUGCUGGACGCAAGAGCGCUGUGGCCAAGAAACCCUACAAUCCAAUAUUGGGCGAAGUAUUUCAAUGUCAUUGGGAUAUUCCAGAUGAAUCUGAAGAUGGAGAGGAGGUUCGUGGUGGUCCCGUUCCUUGGUGCCGUCGGGAUCAGCUAACAUUCUUGGCUGAGCAAGUGUCGCAUCAUCCACCAAUUUCAGCCUUUUAUGCAGAGCAUUAUAAUAAGAAAAUUACAUUUACCGCUCACGUUUGGACCAAGUCAAAGUUCUUAGGCCUAUCCAUCGGAGUGCACAACAUUGGUGAGGGCAUUGUCACCCUUGUGGAUCGCAGUGAGGAGUACAUUGUUACGUUUCCAAACGGUUAUGGCAGAUCUAUUUUAACGGUGCCUUGGAUUGAGCUGGGUGGAUCUGUUGAAAUCAAAUGUCCCCAGACAGGUUACCACGCUAACGUCGAGUUUCUCACGAAGCCCUUCUACGGCGGAAAGCGCAACAAAGUCAGCGCUGAGAUAUAUUCGCCUAACGAUAAGAAACCGUUUGUUUCGAUUGCCGGCGAGUGGAGCGGUCUGAUGGAAGCCAAGUGGCAUGAUAAGAACAAAACCGAAGUAUUCGUCGACGUAAAUCGCAUACCCAUAUUUAAGAAACAAGUUCGACCAAUCGUUGAGCAGGAUGAAUAUGAAUCGCGACGUGUUUGGAAGGAAGUGACGGCAGGACUCAAGUUUAAUGAUAUUGAACGCGCCACGAAUGCCAAAUUUGUUGUGGAACAACAACAGCGGGAUCAGGCCAAGGUUCGCAAGGAAUAUGAUCUGGCUUGGGAGCAUAAGCACUUUAAACCCGUUGGGGAGAAUUGGAUCUAUACGAAGCCGCUGAGUCAGCGCAUGUAUUUGCAGGAGAAGGAGGCAAAGAGAUAAUGAACGAAUUGGGAGCAAUAUAGAACGCCAACACUAUCGUAUUUAAACACAGACAUACAAAUGUAUAUAUAUAUAUAUACAUAUAUAUGUGAUUCAUAUCAAGAAUGAGCCUCAACUAUUGUAUGAUUUCCACAAGUGCGCAAACCCCUUAAAACUGACGAUGAUAUAACGUAACAUAUGCAGGAAACUAAAUGUUUUACAGAAUAUGAAUAAUGAGUUAAGAGAUAAGAAACCAAUUGUUCUGUCUCUAGUGUCCGUUUAUUAAUUGUACAUAGUUUAUAUACACAAAAAGGCAAUAUAAGAAAACGAAAGCCAACUUACAAAUAGACAGUUGAGAACAAUAGUUGAACGACACUACGUAAUCACUUAUGAUGAGCAAUGGUUGAAUAAUGAAUCUAAUAAACUGCAAAUAGAACACAACAAUAUACUGAGCUAACACUUUAAUAGUUUCUACGCAAUAUAUUCGUAUAAAGCAAAUUAUUAUUAAUUAAAUAUUUACUAGAGUGUUUCAAAGGCAAUCGCAGUAAACUGCAAAACAAAGAACACCUAAAGCAAAUAUACGAAAAUACCUUUUACAAUACAAUACUAUUACUAACACAACAAAAAACACACUCACACACAUCCACACACAUUAUGGAAUAUGUAUAUCAGAAGUUGUAGAUUACAAAGAUAAUAGAUAAUUAAGCAUAGAAAUUCUAUUUUUUAAAUAAAAGACUCUAAUAGACAAAAAACAAUACAUGAGAUAUCUAAUAGAUACAUAUUAUAAAUAAUUAAUUCCUGUUUUCAAAACUUUAAAUGCACAAUUGAUUUUGUCAAAUAAAAUUAAAACAAUAACUUUAGUAUUAUACUUUCAAUUCCAUUGUCACAAUAAUAAAGACGAAAGCUUUACUUUAAAAAAAAAAAACCCGCAGCCAAAACUCCAACGAAUUUUGUUUGUAAUGCAGUAAUAACACAAAACAAAUAUAUUACCAAUUUAUAGUACUAAAAAUAGUUAGCUUAUAAUUUGGUUGAUAUUUUUGCCAAAUCAAACAACCACAAUGCAAAGCUCUUUUUCUUUGUAAACUACCGAAUACUCUCACUCAAAGUUAACGCAAAAUGAAACGAAUAAAAAAUAUUACGCUUUUCAAACUGUUGAAUAAUUAUAAAAUAUACAAAAAUAUAGGUUAUUCAAUAUAGGCAGGCAGACACUUAAUCGAACGUAAUAAUAUGUAUACAAUACACCAAUGCGCGCAGAUAUUUUUACGAAUUUCUUUCAAAAAGUGCAAAUCCCAUAGAAUUUAAAUCAGCCAUUAUACUAUUAUUAAAAAUAAAGAUAACAAUUAAAUUA